AUGAGUCAUAUCAAGGCCCUAGAAACAUUAAUAUGUUUCGUGAUCCUCAUAAAUACCUUCAACUUUGGAAAAGCGACCCGCUCCUGUCAUUUCCUUAACGUUAAAUCACACUGGAGUUCCAAGUAUUUUUCAAAUUUCUCGCUGUUAAUACAAAACAAUAGUCUGUAUGCCAAUAUUGAUGUGGUUAAACCUUUAAAUAUUGGCUUUAAGUCCCACAUAGAUGUACAAAUCCGUUUGACGGGCUCCAAGUCAUAUCAGACUUUAUUCAGCUACAACUUGGAUAUAUGCAAUGUGGUGAUUUCGUUUAAGAAGACUAUUUUUAAGAAAUGGUUUCAUAGUCUUUUGAAAGCGGGCAACUUUAUGCAAAAUUGUCCCGUUUAUAGAGGUCAUUAUUAUUUGGAUGCCUGGAAAUUGGAACAGGAUUUAGUGCCCACAUAUUUAUAUGCUGGCAGUUAUCGUUUGAAAAGUCAUACAUUUUAUGGUAAAUUUAAAGGAAAAGAUGAAGAUUUUUUGGUGAGCGUAGAUUUGGAUGUUGAUUUGGUUAAUCAUUAA